GUCCAGGUGGUCUCAGAGACUCAGUGCCCAGCUCUCUGUCACCCCCAAGAGCUGUUUAGGCCAAACACCUUUUUUGGCUACACCAUGGCGACAGGCCUUCUCGCUGUCAUGCGGGCACAGAGGUGCCCUCACAAAGCUUGCUGUCAAGCGAAGUGCCUGGUCCAGUUCUUCUCGAGCCCCAGCUUGACAGCAAAACAAUCGGAAUGGACGCAGAAGCUCCAUCUCAUGAGCCACAGCGAGAGAGAGCGUUUCAUUUUCAAUGUGCUGCGCAAGAUGCGGGUUCACGAGGAUGGCAAGAUUCGGUCACGGGGCCCUGGUUGGGAGUUCUGUGGGGCCAAGAUGUGCUUCACUGCGUGGUUGGAAGUUUCUGGGAUUAGCAAGCGGAAAUGCCAAAAGUUCUUGAAAAACAUCAGCCUGGGGAUGAUUGAGCCGCCUGAAGAUGGCAGAAGCCAACGACCCCAACGAGAUAGUGUGAAAGCAGAUCAUGCACGAAGCUUUUUCCAAUACUUGUAUGAUCACUUGGCAGAACCCUUGGCCGAGGGAGAGCCCGAUCCCGAAGCGGAAGAUGAUGACACAGAGAUCCAUGACGAGUUUUCUUUUUGGAUUCGGAGUGAAGCAUCCGAGAACCCAGUUGCUGCUGCUGUCGCUGCCUCCUCAAAAGACCUUCCUCAGUGGCUGCAUCCAAUGAAAUUCUCAGAGAUCCUGGACCUCUACCAGUUCACCCACCCUGAGCAGGACACCUGUGGGAGGACCUUGCUGCGAAAGGUGUAUGUAGAGGAGUGGCGAUCAUGCUUGCGCAUUCGUAAGAGUUCCCAGCAUACCCAGUGCAAGGAUUGCACCAGGUUUUCCAAGAUGAGACGAGAUGCAAGGCAAAAUUCAAAGUUCCAAGAUGCCCUGAGAUGUUUGCGAGUAAAGAGUAUGAGCGUGUUCAGCCACCAGAACACCUUUGUCUUCAAGCUGACAAUACAUGUCGAGAGCAAAGAAACCAGUUCCUGUUCACCUGGUGUGCCCUUAGCUGUGCAAAAGGACUUUGCUGACUGUCUUCGGGAUUCUUUGAAGCCGUCCCGGGAUCGGGAGAUGCAGGUCGAGUGGGUGCAGUCCUUUUGGGAUUGGCAUUCAUACAUGGAACCUUUGGGUGUAUCACUAGGUGGCUUGGCCAUCAUGGAUCACUAUGAAGAGGUCAACUUUUCAUUCAGGAUGGUCCAGCGGCAAGACCUGAAGGCUUACCAAGGUUAUGACAAGUGGGUUGUGAUGACAGAUGGACAGGACCUCAAACUUUUGUGUUCCAAGAAAAAUUGCGAUCAGGGCAUGAUCAAAGACCAAAGGAUUGGCCCUGCUCCCACUGAGCACUUGCCCAGGAACACAUUCAGUGAACGCCAACUUCAGGAGUUCAGGAAAACAGCAAGGCAAAUUGCUUUGGCACCAUGGAACCUCAUUCGUGCAUCCAACUACUUGGUGGAACUUUGUGACAGCAAUGAAUCAAAGCGUACGUUUGAAGCACCACAGCUGGUUUCUUUUGUGGAAAGUGCUGAGGCAUUGAGGUUGAGGGAAAACAUGCGACAAGCAGCUGGCCCACCUGAGGAGUUGUUGACAUUUGCCCCAGGCACUCCGAAAAGGGUCGUGGUGAAUUUAGAGCCGAAGGCGAAACCCAGAGCCAAGUCCAAGAAGAAGGGUCGGGGGCGUGGGGGGCGUGGCCGUGGCAGGGCAAGGGGAGGUCAGCCAGAAGAGUCAGAAGAGGGAACAGGUGUGCCACCACAAGUUGCAGUUGCUCCAGCAGCACCUCAUUUGCCUGCAGGUGCUCCAGAUCUUGCUGAGGAUGUGCCUGGUCUUCCUGUGCCUGCAGGUCCACGUCCAGAUCCUCCGGAUGUGCCACCACCUCCUGCACCUGUGGUCCCCAGAGUUCCACUUGUGGUGGCUGUGUCAACGGUUCGGAGCCCCAAAGUUCAGUUGGAAGAGCGAGUUGCACAGUUUGGCCGGGUCAAUCGCCUCAUUGACCACAUCGAUAUCGAUCGGAGUCUGUGUUAUAUCCCCAUGGACCCACGUGGUUUUCGUCGUGCCUCCUCCAUUGACCUUCCCUCGCCCGUGUCUGAAGAUGAAGAUGAAUUGAUCCAGAAGAAACCUUCUUUAGACUUCCCCCAAGAAGGCGAAGCUGAGAUUCAGCUACCUUCAGAUGUAGACAGCGACAUCGAUUUGGACUGGACCCCCCGGAGAGACAUCAGGCGUUGUCUCAAGUUUAGCCCAGCACCAGGCCAGGUGAAAGCUUCAGGGACUAGUGAUCCUGCCAUGCCGGUCUACAAGAAGCAAGCAGCGCGCCCAGUGUCCAGAGCAAAGAUGGCAGUCAAGGAGAACAGACGCAAGACUAAGAGGUUGCACAAGAAGACCAGUUGGGGACAUGUAAAAUAUGAAAAGGAGGAAGCGCAGGUAGACACUGUGUGCAUGGAUGUGGCCCUGCACCAGUUGAAGUUGGCCCGUCCAUCAAAGCACCACAUCAUGGAGUUCUACAGCCAGCCUCGUUUGGUCCCUCGAGCACAUGAAUUUGGCAUGAAAGGCUCCAUCAGCCUGGAUGUGGUGCAUGGAUGGGAUGCUUUGAAGCCUUCGCACCGGCAGAUCGCCCAGGAUUUGCUGGGGCAUUGCAAGCCAUCUUUCUUGAUGUGCUCUCCACCAUGUACUUUUUGGUCAGCUCUGAUGACCAUGUGGAACUUCAAGAAGAUGAAGCCCCAGGAGAUUGCAGCUCGCCGGCGCGAUGCCAAGGCAAUGGUCGAUCAGUCUGUCGACAGUUGUUUGGAACAACACAAUGAAGGCAGAUUUUUCUGCUUUGAACACCCCAUGACAGCUUGCAGCUGGACAAAGACACGUCUUGGGAAAAUGGCCGAAACUAAAGGCACAUACACAGUGGCAUUUGAUCAAUGCUCACUGGGCCUCAAGAGCCCGCUUGGAGAGCCGAUGAAGAAGCGCACGAUCGAGGGGUCAGAGCUGGGCAUCAAGUUGAGCAAACAUGCUCAAGUCUAUCCCCCUCGCAUGGUUUCCCUGUUGCUUCGCUGUGCUCACGAAGACAUCAGCGGAUGUUGGACCAGGAGUUUUGCUGCAGACUUUUCUGCUGUAGGUCAUGAGCGGUGGGCCUUUCAGUUCACCAAGAUCUACUUGGAUCAGCCCACCAGCACUGAGGUGGAUCGAAUGGCAUCAGGAUUGCUGUCCAAUCACUUCUUGACGAAUCAUGGCAAGCUAAGCUUGCUGUUGUUUGUUAGCCCUUUCAAGCCAGAAACGCAGAGCCUCACCGUGGAUGAGAGUUGGGGCUUAGCUGCCCCUGCCCCGGCAACUUCUGCUGAGAAGUUCAAGUCUGACCUCAAGCUCUUGAUGGUGGACAUGGUGAAGAAGUUUGGUGGGCCCGAGCAGUACCUGAGAGCUCGCUAUGGUACCAAGACUGCGAAGCAGGAAUGGCUCAACCACCUUGCAGAGAUCCAACCGUGCCAUGGACUCCCUGCAGACGAUGCUUUUUGCACAGUGGUUGACAUGCCCAUUGCAGACCUGAAGCUCUUGAGUAAGGGCCCUCAGCUGAAGCUUCACUUGGGGAGCUUCAGUUUCUCAGCCAAUGCCAGUGUGAGGGGAAAUUCCGAGAAUGAUGUAGUCUUCCUCCUUCUGGAUGAAAUCCUCCAAGAUGGAUUCAUCACACAGGGAGAUCCCGUUUUGAUCACUCAGCCGGCAGACCUUCUGACUGAAGUGGAGGACAGCUUACAGGCUCCAUGGCAUGUGGCCAAUACGAUGCAGUUGCGUCCCUUGACUGUUGGGUACUUCAAGGGCAAGAACCGAGUGACUGUGUUGCUGUCGAUGCUGAGCUUGGUGAAAGACAGCAUGGUGGGUGCAAAGUUGGAAGAGGUGCACCCACGGCUCUUCGAGAGCAUUCAGUGCAUCAUGGCACAAAGGGUUCAACUUCCUUCCAAAAAGGAUGAGCUGCUGCAGAACUUCAAGAUCAGUGUGAGGGGCUCCAUCCGCAAAGCACCCAAUGUGGUCAAGGACCACAAUCAUAUCCAGUCCAAAGCUGGCAAGCUGGAGGGCUCCAAGGCGCAGGCUGUCAAGAACAUUUUGAACAGUGUUCCGGCCAAUGUCAAGAAGCUGAUUGUGGACUACUCGGUAGAGGAGGGCUUUGAGCUGACCCCUUGGUCAGACGACAGCCUGGGGUCAAAGAAGUGGCUGCCUGGAUAUGCGCUGCUUGGUUUCGUGGACAUGGUGGAGCCCCCAACGGUGUUUGGGCGACCCGUGGUGAAGACAUUGGUCCAACAGAGCCGCAGAACUCCCCAUGACAUGAAGAGGAAGGUGGAUCGUCAGCAGUGGGACCGCAUUGCUGAAGAGGCUGCCUGUGUUUGUCAUAUGGCACAGGAGGUUCUUGCCCUCAUGCCUGUUUCCCCUGAGACCCUCAAGGAGAAGUGGGUGGAUGCAUACAUCAAUGGGGAGCAGGCGGUGCUGGUGGAAGUUCAGUCGGCCAUCAUGACCAGAAGCGCAAGCAAUGUCAGGGACAUCGCCACGCUGAAUGCACUCAUGACACAGCAUGCAUCCACCUGCCCCGUGCCAAAGAAGGACACAGUAUGCAUGCAGCAGUUGGAGCGUGACAGCUUUGACCUCGUGAUGCGACAAUUGAACUAUGAUCUUCAGGCACUCAAAGUGGCCCGGGCGAAACGAGAGUCUUGGUCAGCGAGUGUGUACCAUGCCAAGCUUCAGCACCGAGUCCAGCUGCAUGAGCAGAGCCUGUCAGCUGCCCAACACUUUCUAGAGAACUUUGUGAAGGUGAUUUACGCAGAGACUUCUGAUGACAUGUUGCGGGAGUUUCAAACGCAUCGCCAGUCUGUCAUCAAUCGCUUGCGUUUGGACGCCAACUUUGUAUUCCUCAAUUGGCUGGCCCCUUCGACUUUGAAGAGUUCUAUCCAGUCAGCUCAGACCCAAUUUACCGCGCAUGCCAUCACUGGAUCUGACCACAACUUUGGAGCAGUUCUCAUGCCAAUCUUCACCUACAAGAAAGGUCAGCUUUGGAUGUUGGAGACAGCAACCUUGCGAGCCCUGGCGAUGACUGGUUUGAAUGUGGCGGAUGCUCGAGAUGGUCGGCCCUGCACUUUCCCUGGCCGAUUCUUGUUCCAGAAUGUGGCCUCAAAGGACCGGGUUUGGGCCCAUUGUUCUUUGGUGAAGACUGGUCGCACCGCAGAAGCUGAGAUGCUCCAUGCCCGCGACAUGAUUCAGGUCGAGGAUGUCAGUGAUGGUGCCCUCCCCCAGACCACUGAUGACGACAAUGCGACAGUGCAAGGGGCACAGAAGUACCAACAGAUUGGAAAUUCUGCUGCUGGCAAAAUCUUGGACUCAGUGCUCGAUGGGCUGACCGUGGACAGCAAUGCUUCACUGUUCAUGGUUGACGUCAACCCUGGCGUGGGCAACCUCUUUGACGCGUACGUGCAGAAGCGGGCUGCUGUGAACUUCAACUUCCAGUAUGUGGCAAUGAUGCCUGAUGCUGUCUCUGCUGAGUGGUUCAGAGAAACGAAGGCCCAGAUGCUGGCUGCUGGUCACAUGGCUGGAACAGUCAUCAUUCCUGGCCACCCCGCUUCUCCAGCAGAAUGCCCGGCCGACCUUCUCGAGAAGGAGCCUGACUUGCCAAAGCUCAACAUCAUGGUUGCCCGAAGUGACUUGUACCCAGAGGUGCCUGGUGCCACUAUCAGGCAGUGGGCACAGCAUGAGUUUGGCCCGGAGUUCCAGCGCUUUUUGGAUCAAAUUCAUGAAGAGCAUGGUCCCAUCCCAGACACUCCUGCUGCAGCUGGUGCUCCUUCCAGCUCUUCUGCGGCACAGGCAGCACAGGAGAAUGGUGAGCAGAACGGUGUGACCCCUACUGGCUCUGCACGCAAGAGAAAGGCAGCCAAUUCCGGGGUGGGAAGUGCAACCAAGAUGGGCAAAGUUGACCGAGAAAAGAUCUUACCUACCACUGACAUCAACUUGGAGGAAAGCAAGCUCUGCGAGUGUCCAAUGCUGAACAAGUCCAGCAACGUGAUCAUCCAUCUGAAGACUGGCAACAGACCCUACCUGGUCAACAAGUCAGACCACAGUCAGAACUUGGCAGCCGGCACUGUGAUUGCUGCGUUUGGUCGUGGUCGAUUUGUUCGCCACCAGGCUGGACAGGGUGGUGCUGAAGAAGAUCCCAAGAAAGAGAUCAAGUACCGCUUGUCAGGGCCUGAUCAGCGAGUUCUCUACAAUGGAGCACUCACAACUGUCGGUGCACUGGUGGAGGCCCGUCGCAACUCUGGGCCAUCGCCUGUUGUGAAUGUCAACUACCACAAGAUGAUUGAAAGGCCAGUGGAUGGGUAUCCUGGCAACUUUGGACUGCAGAUGGUUCACGAUCUCCGCUUCACACCCAGUCCUUCUGCGAAUGUCGAGAACGAGGGUGGCACUGAGAGCACUGCUAGCCAGACCAAUGUUGGUGUGCUCCUUCCUCUCGAAGCAUGGCAGAGUCAUUGCACAGAAGUGCUCUUCAGUGUGAAGUGGGCGACAGCGGGCUUGGCGCCGGUGAGACCCCAGGUUGUCUUGACCAAAGACCUGGAUCUCCCAUCUGGGCGGUCCGGAAAUGGUUCAGCUGUAUUUGACAGAGGCAUCGGACCAGAAAGCGCCACCGGCAGGGAGCUGACAGAAAUUAUUCUUAACAUUACUCAGGCACUUGCUCCGAACUGGGGUAUCGAGUUGGCAACCGAUUUAGCGCAUUUUUGUGUGAUUGAGCUGGAG